UUGUCUGCAUGUUUCGCGGGCUUUUUCAGUGGGCUCGUCCGAGUUUCGUAAUGUGAUUCGUCAAAUUUUGUUGCUAUCGUACCUCAUGAUAGUCGUCUAAUUUCCGAAUACUAGAAGUUAUUAUGACUUGCUUACUAUAAGAAUCAUCGAAGAAUACCAUUAAUAUUUAAAUGCUUUGGAGAACUUGGUUUCAUUGUUAUCUACUUGAAUAUGGAGACUCUCAUUGAGGAAUUUCAACUUUUUUCUUUUGACCUGAAACUUUCUUCUGCUGUGAAUGAUAGUGCAAGACAAUUUUUGCAUGAUGUUAUGCCAGUUUAUCUUAAAUGUGGACAAAAGAUUUCUAAGAAAGCUUUGUUGGCAUGUGCAGUUUUUGUGUCAGUUCAAAAUAACUUCCAUUCCUUUCAUGUGGACCAAGAAGGAAAUAAUUCACAACCAGAAAUCACUGUUUCUCAGCUGUUGGAUAAAGCUGAUAUCAAUAUCAUGGAAUUCUUCAAUGUUACAUGUUUCUUGAAGAAGAACUACCCUUUAAGUGAUAAUGUGAAGCAAAAUCUUAUUGCAUUGGAACGGAAGUAUCUUAUUGUUUCAGCACUCUUUGAUAAGUUUGAAAGCAUGUCAACAGAAAUUUUCCAUCUUGACACAAGUUCACCUACUCCAUCAAAUCACUCCAAUCCAGAAGCAAAUACUCUCCUGAAAAAGCACAAAACUCUGUGCUGGAUGCUGUUUUUGGUAGCUAAGGCUAAAGUGCUGUGGCAUAGGCAAGAACUUCUAGCCACUUUUCAUUUAUUGCUCUGCUGCAUUGGAGAAGUCAUCAGAGUCACUCCUUCUUUCAUGCUUUUGCCUCCUUUUGAUAGCAUUGUUGCAAAGAAUGAAGAUUUAUUGACCAUUUUAGACGUUUUAAGUAAUCAUUUUCACACAAAAUCUGAGGAAGUGAAAGCUGUGUAUGAUGGAUGGUUGCAUGUUGCCAAUGAAUUAAACAUUGGUUCUAAGUUUCCUGAGGUUCAAGAUUUGCAGUUAAUCUAUCUUCAAUUGUAUAUUCAAAGUGGUGAUGUAGAUGAGAGUCUCUUUUUAGAAAAAGAUUGGCAUUUGUUACCAUCUAUAUCUGAAAAAAAUCAUUCUCCACGAAAAUAUCCUUUAACUUUGAUCAGGAGAACCCUUGACACAUCUGAAGCUCUCAAUACCAUAUUACUUUCUGCACCAGAUGAUUUAACAGAAAAUCUCAGAAAUACUUUACAAGAGUGCUCUGUAGAUGCAUCAAAUGUUAUCAGAGAUUUCCUAAGUCAAUCAAAAGCCACAUUUAUUGCUGAGUUUAUGCAAGCUCAUGAAGGUAGUGAUAAAAGUUUAGCUGAGAGGAGAUUUCAGUUGGCUUCCAAGUAUUAUUAUCUGAUGCUGGAUGCUUUGCUGAAAAAAGAAGCAGAACGUUUGUCUGCUCCUGAAUUCACCUCUUUUAUACAAAAUGUUGUUUUUCAUAAAUCUCUCUUAGCUUGUUGUUUGGAAGUGACUCUCAUGUCUUGUGGCUCAAUAGGUCCUGUCAAUUUUACACCAAUUCCUCAUGCCGGGUCUUUUCAAGCACAAGGUGUUGGAUUUCCUUGGAUUUUGAAAGUAUUUAAUUUAGAGGCUUUUGACUUCUUUAAGAUCAUAGAAUGUUUUAUCAGAGGUGCUCCCACCAUCACCAUGCAAAUUAUCAAUCAUCUGAAAUUUAUCGAAGACAAAAUCCUUGAUUCUCUUGCUUGGGUAAAUGGCUCUGCUGUUUUUGGUGGAUUAUCAGGAAAUGGUUGCUCUCCUUGCUGCAAAGCAAAAUAUUCCCCUGUGCCUUCUAAAAGCUACUGGUCUCCCAAUAAAGAUCCUUCUCAGAAAACACCUGGAACUCCCCAUGCUUGCCAUGCAGUUAAUUUAUUUCUCAACAAGGUGAGUCGAUUAGCUGCACAGCGAUUAGAGAAAAUGUGCCUUCGUCUGCAAAUUGAAAAGGAAACUCAAAGAGAUAUUUGGGUUUGCAUUGAGCAUGUACUUUAUAAGAAAACUCAUUUGCUUCAAGAUAGACACUUGGAUCAGAUCUUAAUGUGCUGUAUUUUUGCUGUAUGCAAAGCUAAGGACCAGGAAGUUCGUUUCAAAACUAUUCUUUCUUGUUAUGAUCAGCUGCCUCAUUCUUCUGUUUCUGUUUAUAAACAAGUUUUAACUGAAGGGAGAAAAGAAUAUAUUUUUAGAUUUUAUAAUAAAGAGUUUUAUUCGGAAAUGACAUCAUUUGUUCUUAGUCAUUGUGGAAACAGAAGUGAUAGUACUUCACUUAUUGUUUCUCAGUCACCUGUGAUCUUAUCUCCAUUAUAUAGUCUACCUACCAAAAAGAAUAUUUUUAUUUCUCCUUUGCAAGAAUCACCAUUUAAAAACCCAAAUGAAGUGAUCUACCGAAAGUUGCCUUCGUAUACAUUUGGUUCCUUACAAUCUUCAAAAAUGCUGCAAGACAUUAACAUUUCUCUGAAUAAAAUUCCUCCUUCUAAAGAAAAGGUUGAAACUAGAGGCAAAAAACGUCUGACAUUUGAUUCUGAAGAUAUUGAGCCCAGAUCUGCCCUCAUGAGUGCCAGAAAAUUUCUUCGGUUUGAUGAUACCGACAGUACCGGCGCCUUUAAAAAGCCAAAACCUGUUUGAUUUUUCAUAUAAUUUAGUUAAAGAUCUAAUAAUAAAGAAUAUAUGAAAUAUUCUUUUGUCCAAACCUGUAAGGUCAAUGAAAUAAUAAUUGUACUUGUUUUUUUUCCACUUUUUUAUUUUUUGCUUAGUUUCUUUCUAAGUAAUUUGGAAGAAACACAUUGUUAUUAUGCUUAUUUGAAUUUGUUGAUGCAUAACUGUGUUUAGAUCAUUAAAAUAUUGAGUAUUUGUAUUAAUUUAUAUAGAACAUUCUAUCCUUUUUGCAAAGCAAGUAAUCAUAGAAUUGUUAAAGAAAAAUGAAUUUAAAUAUAUGCCUUAAUAGUAAAUGUUUAUUUUUUGUAUCAUUCUUGAUAAUUUUGUAUAUAAUGAAUGAACUUCUAAAAUAGAUGUUACUUUUUCAGCCAUUUUCAAAUGGAACUUAAAAUUCAAUGCAAAGGAAUUUUUUUCCUGCAAAUUUAUAAAAUAUUUGUGUUUUUUUAAAUCCUGAAAAUGUAACAUUGAAUUUUCUUUAAAUGUAUAAACAAUGUUUCUAUUUUAUUGCUUGACUUGAAAGAAAAAUCUUCACUUCCUACAUUAUUAAUUUUUACUUAUUUAGAGAAUUCCUUGAUCUCAGUUUCAUUUAAACUCUAUGAUUAAAAUUAACCAGUCUCCUAAUAUUUAUUUAUUUACUACUGUUUGAUAAAAAAAUAUUUGUGUAUGAUUUAAAAAUUAGAAUGCUAAUUCCAUUUAUAUGUAUAGAAUUGCAUUGUAAGAUGUUGAUUGAUUGCUAGUCUUUAAUUUAUGUGUGAUGUCUUGUGGUUAUUUUUCAUAGUUAAUGUGAUAUAACAUGAAGAAAAUAGUAUCUCUAAACAGGUAAAUGGUUAAAUAAAAGCAUAUGACAUGAAUUUACAAUUAUUAAUGAAUUCAAAAUAUCAAUAUUGUUAGUCGUUAUUAUAUUUUUUUAAACAAGUGAUCAUAAAAAUGUGUUUAUUAUUAUAAAACAAAAAUUGUUAUUUUUCAAUUUUUUUCAUUUAAUUAAUUUGUAUUAUUAACUAAAAAUUAUUUAACUUUCUUAUCUUGUUUGUUUUUGUCAUGUUUGUGCUAUUUUGUUUAUUCAUUGACAUUUAUUAAAUAAUCCAUGCUUUUUCAUGUUUGUUAUAAACAAACUUAACAAAAUGUAGUAUAUUUUCGUUAUAUGAGAGUCAACAAAAGUUUUAUGUAU